CCCAGCAGACACUCUGAUGUCUGUGUUUGCGGAAGCGUCCCCUCGAGUUGCCCGGUUAGCCUACAGAUAGCUGUGCCGCUGUGUGUUUCAUGCAGCUGUUAGCUGGGUUGUUAGCCUGGACUCGUUUGUUAUCAUGGAGCCGCCAGGCAGCGUGAACGCGGACCCUGCCCAGCGGCCGGACCGUGAUGGGGAGGGUCGCUGCGCUCAAUGGCGCAACUGGUCUGGGUUUUGGAUGCUUGGAUUGUGCAACAACUUUGCUUAUGUGAUAAUGCUGAGCGCUGCACACGACAUCCUCAAGAAACAAGAGUCUCACAACACCACAGCACCUACAGAACCGACAUUGCCCGUGGAUUUCCAAGGUGGGAACAGUAGCAACAGUAGCCGUUAUGACUGCAAUCCUGUCUCUACUGCGGCGGUGCUGUUGGCUGACAUCCUCCCAACACUCGUCAUCAAGCUUUCUGUCCCUUUUGUCGUCCACAACCUGCCUUAUGGUAUCCGGGUGUUGUUCUGUGCCACCAUGGCAGCGGCGAGUUUCCUCCUUGUGUCCUUAUCAUCAGCUGUCUGGAUCAGCAUUCUUGGAGUGAUCUUUGCCAGUAUCAGUGCUGGACUGGGAGAACUGUCCUUCCUCUCUCUCACUCACUUCUUCACCAGGGAUGUGCUGGGAGGUUGGGGUUCAGGUACAGGUGGUGCUGGUGUUGCUGGAGCCUUCCUCUACUCAAUCCUUACCCAGGUUGGCCUGUCACCUCAGGUCACAGUUCAAAUUAUGCUGGUGGUCCCAUUUGCGAUGUUGAUCAGCUACUUCACCCUGCUGGUUCCUCCAUCUUCAUUACCUCAGUGGAAAUCCAGAGGGACAGAGUAUGCAGCCGUGGGCUCAGAGGAGCACCGGGGGCUGAUAGAUGGUGCAGAGGAAGAGGAGGAGGACAGAUCAACCCCAGUAACAGAGGACGUGAGCACUGGGCCUCUCACCUUCACAGAGAAACUGCACAUCAUCAAAGGCUUGUGGAAGUUUGUGUUUCCGUUGGGACUGGUCUACUUUGCUGAGUACUUCAUCAACCAGGGCUUGAUGGAACUCCUGUAUUUCCCAAACUUUUACCUGUCCCAUGCAGAGCAGUAUCGCUGGUACCAGACCUUGUACCAGGUUGGUGUGCUGGUCUCUCGAUCCUCCCUGUGCUGUGUGAAGAUCAGAAAUCUUUGGGCUCUGUCUUUGCUACAGGUGGUGAAUGCGGUGUUGCUUCUGUUUGCCGUACGUUACCUAUUCUUGCCCAGUGCCUGGCUGGUGUUUGCCAUUGUCCUCUAUGAGGGUCUGCUGGGUGGAGCUGCGUAUGUCAACACCUUCUACUUCAUCAGCAAAGAGAGUGAAGGCAGACACAGGGAGUUUGCCAUGGCUGCUGCCAGCGUAGGAGACAGUCUGGGUAUAGCUCUGGCUGGAAUUGCUGCUUUCCCUGUCCACAGAUACUUCUGUUCCCUGUGACCCAGCCCACACACUGACAAACAGGAUGAAUAAGCAUGAUGUGGGUGGAUUCCAGUUAAGGGAUUUUUUUUUAAUCUGAAAUGAAAAGACAGACUUCACUCCUGCAUAAUUCUGACUCCACAAACUCAGGUUUAUGUGCAGUCUGGGCUCCAGGGUCUGGUGGUGAGGGGAGUUUUUAAGUUACAAGUUUGUUUGUUUUUUAUGAUUCAGAGGGAUAUGAUACAAUUAGAUAAUUAUUCUUGGUCUUAGUGUGUUUGAGGUUAUUUUAAAAAAACAGGUUAAUUGAUUGAUUUAAACCAAAAACUUAACUAACUACUGUUUCUAGAAACGGCAGUAAAGUUUACUACAGCAGAAGUCACUACUAAUUAAAUAAUCUGUCAGUGAGUAAAAUAAAUAAUAUUCCUGAGUGAAGUUUAGAGAUGAUGAAUAAAACCAACAUUAGUCAGCAUCCAUCAUCCCUCGGCUGCUGCUGUGAUUCACUGUCUGUAGGUAUCACUGGUAAAGAGAGAUGGUUUGUAUUGGACUGUAACUGAGUUUAUAAGAAUUUGCCUCAGUUCCAUUUGUGACAAACUUAAGAUAAACGGUACAGAUGAACAACACAUCUACUCUUCCUUGCACUAUCCUGAAAUUAAGCCAGAUAUCCUGCAUAUGAACGCUGCCAUAUUGCACAUCUGCACAGUUGCAAUCAGGGGAUGGAGCCACGGUAUCCAGUCUCAGCUCUCAAUCAUGAUGUUUCACCCUGUUUCUUUAGCGUCGAAUAAUUUAACUCAAACCAAACUUACCAGGGAAAUGAAGACUUAAACAAAAACGAGUGUAAUGAUAACUACCUAAAAUGAAAGAAACCAUCUUUGAGAAAAAUGUAUUUAAAGUGCACUUUGACUUUUUAGUUUGUCCCAUUCACUAACAAGGAGGAGGCAAGCUUUAUGACCUAAAAUGCAGCCAGAACCUAGGGGGCAAUCAAGACACUGUGGUCUUACUCUAAAGGGGGGCUGGCGUUUCGUCCAUCUUUAUGUACAGUCUACAUACAGACAACUAGAUUAGCUUGUGUGUGACAUUUUGCUAUUGGCCAUACAAGUGCAGCGUUGUUGUGGAAACCAACAACUGCAGACGAAGCAGAUGGAAAUGUCCUUUUUUAUGUCAGUUCUUUUUACCGAGUUGACAUAGAGCUGAGAGAGGAGUUGCCUUAACUUCACCGCAGCCUGACGCAAGGUUAGGUUAGGUCAUCGUUUGAGUAGCAGUUAUCAGAGCAUGUGACUCGUAAUUUGCUUACUUAGCUCAUUGUGUUGGAGUUUUGCCUGUUCGCACAGACCGCACAGACAGCCAGUGUCCUGCAGAGAAAGAGCCCGCUGCUUAUGCUGACAUGAAAGUGCUGAGAAUGUUGACGGCUUGUUUUGCACAAACUUCAGUGGCAAAUGACUGCCACUGAAAAAAUAAAUACAAUGCUUCACAUAAGAAAAGAAAUGCAGCCUGAACACCACACUUCUCAAAGAAACAAACCAUGACAUAAGCUGAAUACUUUUGGUACAUUUAUUACACAGAAAUGUAUUUGAAUCACAGGAAAUAUGAAGGUGUUUUAUUUAAAAAGAAUUAUGCCCGAUGUAAAGUUGUCUUGCAUCUUAGUUUUAGGGCGCUACCAUUCACUGACAGCAAAAAUGAAAUUUUAGGGGAACAAACACCGAGUUAGAGCAGAAGAACUGACCCGAGUGCAGCGAUGGUACUUAUUAUUAUGUUUUUUAUCAUAAAGUAUUCAAAUAAUACAUGUGGUAACCUCUCACUACCUAAGCUGUCAUUACCCAAAACUGUAAUUGUCAACAUGCUAGGUGACAAAACCUGUGUUUUGAUAAUUAGUCAUUUUAAAUGUCAUAUCUUAUACUGAUGGUGUGAGAUGUUUAAUCUUUAUGAUACAGUUUCAUUACAUGUCGACUUGGUGUCCUAAACUUUGGAAACCCAAUCCACAAGUUCAGCCAUGUAACAGGAUCAUUUUUGGCUUGUAACAGAAUUACUGAAAUUAAAAGCUUAAUAACUUAAAACUGCUUCAUUAAAAAUAAAAAUAAAACAGAAAUCCACUCGGAAGUUAAAAGCAGUACAUCUGCAUACACACAUGACCUUUGUAUUCAUAGAACAUGGCUGACUUAGGCUGUUGCAUAAGUAACUGACCUUUGUUUUACCUGUAAGUAACUGGUACUAUUUCACUGUCAAGACUAAAUUAACCAUAUAUGCCUUUUACUGUUUCUCCUAAAGUUUUAUCAACAUGUGUCUUAACAUGUGGCACUGUAACAAUCUGGAAUACAAUGUGCAGGGAUUUAAAAAUAUGUUUAUUUUAUACUGAAAUGAAGACACUGAACGUUUGAAUUAUCAAAAGAUACAAAACGGGGAACAGUUUUUAUGUCAACAUCACCAGGACACUUUUGUAGUGCACUUGUUUUUGCUCGAGUUCACCAAAAACACCAAAGAUCUCUCCUGCUUUCCCAAAGUAAUACGAGUUUAAAAUGUCACAAUGAUUUAAGAGCUUGCACAGAUGUGUUUCAUAUCCUAAUAUACAUAUUCCAUAAACACACAUGCACAUUCCUAAUGAACUCUUUAACUACCAACAUUUUUUGACACGAUACUGCUGCUGCUGCUGAAUUGUUAAAACUUGUUACAAUGUGAUGAUAUGUUACAACGAUGUACGGGUUUGAACCAAUGUUAACAUAAUUAAAGUAUGUUGAAGUUAA